GACAGCUAAAGAUAAGGCAUGCUUGAGAUGAAGUAAGAAAGAAAAACAGAGAAAAUAUAAUAAUGGAAGGAAAGUUGUCGCGUGCAGCAAAGAAGAUUACAUCGUCUUCCAUUCAAGAACUGUCCCAGCUCGCUCAGAGAUGCAACGCCAUCAACCUCGCCGAGGGCUUCCCCGACUUCCCCUCCCCUCCCCACCUCAAAAACGCCGCCGUUUCUGCCAUCAAUUCCGACUUCAACCAGUACAGGCACGUGCAAGGUGUGUGUGAUCUCUUGGCCAAGAUGGUGAAGCAAAUGCAUGGUUUAGACAUCGACCCUGUUACUGACGUAGCUAUUUGCUGCGGUCAAAGCGAGGCAUUCGCAGCUGCAAUCUUUGCAACAAUUGAUCCGGGUGACGAAGUCAUACUUUUUGACCCUUCCUAUGAAACGUAUGAAGGAUGUGUUGCCAUGGCCGGGGGAGUCCCUAUUCACGUGCCACUUGACCCGCCUCAAUGGACUCUGGAUCCAAGCAAAUUACUCCGAUCAUUUACUGAGAAAACCAAAGCCAUAGUGCUGAACAGUCCUCACAAUCCUACUGGAAAGGUUUUCACAAAAGAGGAACUUGAGAUUAUUGCUGGAGAAUGCUGCAGCCGGAAUUGCCUGGCUAUAACAGAUGAAGUAUAUGAGCAUAUAACGUAUGACAACCUAAAACAUAUAUCCCUGGCCUCAUUUCCUGGAAUGCUAGAGCGGACUGUUAUAACGUCUUCUUUGUCAAAAUCAUUCAGCGUCACAGGUUGGAGGGUUGGAUGGGCAAUUGCACCAGCUUUUCUUGCGUCUGCUAUCAGAAAUAUUCACGGAAGAGUUACAGAUUCUGCUCCGGCACCUUUUCAGGAAGCUGCAUUGACUGCUUUGAGAAGUCCCCCUGAAUACUUUGAAUCACUCAGAAGAGACUAUCAAUCAAAAAGAGACUAUAUCAUCAAGUUGCUAGAUGGAGUAGGUUUUAAGAUAGUGUUUAUACCUCAGGGUUCCUUCUUCUUAUUUGCCGAGCUUCCUGACAAUUGGCUCCUUUCAGAUGUAGAAUUUGUUAAGAAACUGAUAAUAGAAGCAGGGGUAGUGGCUGUUCCAGGUCAAGGAUUUUUUCAUACAAACUUGUCUUCAAAUGAAGUUUCUAGCUUAAACUACCAGAAGAGAUACGUCAGGUUUGCGUUCUGCAAGAGUGAUACAACUUUGACUACGGUUGCAGAAAGACUGGGUAAGCUUUUGGAUGCUGCAGGGCAUCUUGCGCUACACUAAAUUGGAAGAAAGAAUAAUGGAACGACAGGAACAACUAUGAUUGAGGAUGGUCGAAUUAAUGAAGCUUGUUAAAGAUUCAUUUGACCGAAAGACUGAAAUAAGCUAGGCUUCUAUUUGAUUAGUUUAUAAUAGACGAGUGUAUUGGAUUAGUUUAUUUCAAUGCAUUAAAAGCAUUUUCAGCUAGUUGCUUAAGGAAUUGCCUAUUUCAAGACAUCAUUGCUUAGUUUUUUUUAUUUCAUUUAAUUAGAGGAUAUUUAUGUAUCAUGUUCGUUGCUUAAAAUUAAGCUUGGUUAUUUCUAUAAAUAACAUUGCUUAAGAUUAAAA